AUGAAGACCCUGCUGGCCCUGGCCCUGGUCACGUCCCUGGCUGGAGGAACCCCCAGUCACAGGUUGGGGGUCACCAGUGUGGGAUUGUUGGGGGCUCUGGGAUGGUGCAUUGCUCUCACCCCCACUCCUCCUCCUCAUCUUCACCCAGGCAAAGCUCUGAAAUGCCACAAAUGCGUGGCAUCCAACGAGAACGACUGCAACCAGCAGGGAUCCCACAGCUGCCCCCAGUACGCCGACGCCUGCUCCACCAUCACUGCACCCAACAGCAUCAUUAAAUCCUGCUCCUACAAAUCCUUCUGUGACCAGGCUCGGCGCGGCGGCUCCGGCGGGGCCACCGUGCGCUGCUGCUUCAGCGACGACUGCAACGGGCCGGCGGCUCGGGGCUCCCGGAACGGCGGGGGAACGGCCCGGCCUCCCCCCGGCGGGCUCCUGGCCACGGCCCUGGCCGGGACCAUGCUGCUGGGCUGGCUCUGA